GUCGAAUAACGAAUAAAGCUGUUUAUACACCGUAGAGCAGAGUUGAUCAUUCCGUAGCGCCUGAAACGAGGGAUUCGAGUUUGAGGAAUGGCUGAGAAGCCGUAUCGCCAUCCAGCGGAGAUGCGUCUAACGUCUGGAAGGAACGCCCGCUGCUAUGCAACCGUGUUUGCUGACCUCCCGUACCGGUAGCAGCUACCUUCGUUAUCCGCGCAAGAGACUCGGAUGGUGCCCGACUAAAUGGAAACGGGAGUCGAUCGGAUCGUUCGCGAUUCACGAAAGGCAAGAAGUUGCUUCGCGAGCAUGAAAGUGGAGGGUGGAGUGGCGACCACGACGAUCCUCCACAAGGUCAAGGUGAAGGAAGAGGCGAAGGAAUGCUGCGGUUAUCAACGAUCGUCGUCGACGUCAACGGCAACCGCGAGCGUCGCAACCGCGAGCGCUUCGAGCACGAACGCGGCGACUACCGUGGACGACAACAACGGCAACAACACUCUGAACGGCAGCGACGACGACGCGACGGCCGCGACCACGGCUUCAUCCUCGGCCGCCGAUACCGUCAUCUGCCAUCCGGCGGCGGCCGCUGACGCCGAGCCCUUCCCCGUCGAUCUCGAUUCGAAAGCCAAGGCAAAGGCCGGCUCCCAGGGAGCGAGCAGGGAGGAGUGUUCGCGGGAAGACGGCCAGCCGGAGGUGCAUUCGCCCAGCCCCCAGCAUCAAAGGAGUUCGGCGGCGGUGGUGCCGAGCGGUCAACAAAAGCAGAGCAAUGGUCCACGGUCCGAAUACAAAGGGGCAACCGGUUGCUCGGCAUCCUCGGACAACGACAGUCCUUUAUCCUCGCUCACCCUGAAGCCCGAAUUCGAGGAUGGAAUUGGUUCUGGCAGCGGUGGCGGUAGCGGCGGCGGCGGCGGCAGUGGCGGCCCAGCUCCUGCCAACUGCAGAACGGAAGAGCAGAACGAUGUUCCCGCGCUGUCGAAUGGCACCGCCGGCACCAGAUGCAUCGCCGGUGUUUUCGCCGGUCACGGCAUGUUCAAGAGGCUGCUGGGCACUCUCGUCCAAUUCGCUACGGACAUCUCUCCGGAUACCGGUGACACCGUGCGAACCCUGGUGCUGGCGCUUCUGAGCGGGAGCAUGGUCGCGGAGGAGUUCCAUCAGGCGCUGCAGGAGGCCACCAACUAUCGUCUCAGAGGUUUCGUGUUACCAUACCUGAAGCACACUUUGCCUUCGUUGCAGAGGGAUCUGAGCAAUGCCGCCAGGGCGAAUAAUCAGAGUUCCGCGCAGUUCUUACGAUCGAACGAGGCGGCGGUGUUGGAGGCUGUCGGCUUGGUAUCGACAGGGGAGCCGGUCGAGAUCUUCGGAGAGCAGGCUGGUAACGGGUUGGGGAGCGGUAACGGAAACGGCGGCAAUCAGUGCUCCGCUCAUUACGGCAUGCGGUCCAAUUCUAAUCCCGGUGUCGGUGGCAUUCAGCACACGAGCAACGCCACGGGUGGUCUGCACCAUUAUUCCGGGAGCGCGCCGCACGCACCGAAACGUCGCGCAUCCGAUACUCCGUAUUACGAGAACGGCGUUCUCUUCGACGACGCGCCGGUCUACGGGAAAAGAUUGUCGAAUCCGUGGAGUCACCAUCACUCGCAGCAACACCAACAAACCUCCACCGAGGGUUCCUCCCCUUAUUGCUGGUAUCAUCCGCUUCAUUCGUCGAGCGGAUCGAUGCAAGGUCACGGACAUCGUCACGGUCACGGUCACGGUCCCAGUCCGGUGCCGCCUAGUCUCGUGCAAAUUAAUCAGAUGAACGCGUUCUCCGGAUCGCACCAUCUACCUCAACAGCCGCAACAACAGCAGCAGCAGCAGCAGCAACAGCAGCAAAACGGAAGUUUGGACGACGAAUGGAAGAACAUCCACGUAAUGUUAAACUGCAUUCUCGGAAUGGUCGAAAAGACGAAAAGAGCGUUGGCCAUUCUUCAGACGCGCGGUUGCUCGAGCCCGGCAGCGGUGCCUCCGUUGACGAGCAUGUCGGUCGGGGCGCAAAACGGUACCGGAAACAGCGCCGCUGGCAACAAUCCUUCGUCGACGAACGGUACCCAAGUCGAGUCGUCCACCGGCGAUCGCGAGGGCAGCUUGCAGCGAUUGUCCGGCGAGAUCGUUGCCCAGACCAUCAAGGCGACCGAAGACAAGGUCGCGGAGGUGAAAAGAAAGGCCGAGGAAGCCGUGCUGGAAGUGAAGAGGGCCGCGGUGGUCGAAGUCCAGCGGGCCGUGGCAGCGGCGGUGGCCGAGUCCAGGGCGAACGAACGCCUCCGGGUCCAUCGAUUGCUCGAUCUGCCGUUGUCGCAGAGGACUCACGCGACGGUUCGUCAAGGAGCGUUCCUGCGAAUUCACGGGAACCCGACCGCCGUGGACGGGAACGCGAGGGCGGUCGCGACGCCGACCGCCGCCUCGAACUCGGCGCCGUCGACCAUCGAGGACGAGAAGGACGCGCAUUUGCAGACCAUCUCGGGAUCCAGCUGUUGGAACUGCGGUAGACCCGCUUUGGAGACCUGCGGCGGCUGCGGAAUCGCUCGAUACUGCGGAUCGUUCUGUCAACACCGGGACUGGGAGGCCGGAGGGCAUCACGCGACCUGCCAUAACCCACCGCCCCGAGAGCCCAGCAGCAGCAGGUCCGCGUCCCGUAGCCCGCCCAGAACCGCGUCCGGAACGCUUCCCUCGAACGUUCACGAAACGGAUAUCGCCGCGCCGAUAACGGUCACCGCCCCGUCUAAAGGGAAGUGACGUCACCUUGUAAAAUACAACGCGACGAGACGAUUCGCCGGACCGAUCCGACACGACCCGCGCUAAUCCUCCACGGGAUCUGUAACGUUCUCGUUUCUUGAGUCAUACAUCUUCUGCGUACUUGGUUCGAGUUUAUUCCUUUCGACGACUUCCUCGACGAGAGGUUGCUUCGCGAACGACUUUAAAUCGAAUUCUCCGUAACGAAGGAAGUAGGAAAGAAAACGACAAAAGGAAACGACGGUCGAACUCGUUUGGUCCGCGCCUCUGGACGCGCGCGCGUUACGUGUGUAUAGAAAUCCACCGAAGAAAUUUCAACGACUCCGCACCAUCGUUCGUCCAAUUUUUGCCUAGUCUAGUAUACGAUGUAUAUAGAAACCACGAUGACACCCUGCUCGUCUCGGGAAUGAAAAGUAGAGAAGAAUUACUCGAUAUUUGAGUGUACGCAUUUCCACUGUUCGCAAUGUUUCUGAUUGUAGAGGAGGGCUCGAUUCAGCAAUAAUCGUUUUUCGUCCGAUAUUUCACUGACAGAAAACCGCCGACCGAGAACCACUCGAUUCGCCAAACGUAAUCGAUAUCGAUAGAAACAUUAUCCCCUCGAGACGUACAAUUAUUAUCGGUUCUAUUGCUCGUGUCGGCGGACGGUGUGGGAAAAGACGGUACGUCGAGAUUUUCCUAGUCAAUUGAUAGAUUUAACGAUUGCGACGAGUCGUGUAACGAAAGCCGCUACAACUUUUUACUUGACACGCGUCGUCGAAUAACCGAUAAUCGUCGCAUCAAUUUCAGUCUAGUCACAGUCGGAGGGUAACACGAAUUCAUCGAUCGUACGCAUUAGGGAACUUUGCUCAAAUAUAGAUUACGAAUCGUUAUAUGUUUUCCUAGCUACAUUCUGUUGCAGGGAUGUAUGAUGGAUUCUAAAAAUUGUAUUUACAG